AUGGAAGUCGCAUCUGCCGUUCGACUGCCUUCGCCGGAGCCGGAGCUAGACGACGACGCCAAGGAAGUUCCGCGCAAACGCGAGCGCUCACCAUACGACGGACCGAGUGCUGGGCCAUCGAAGAGAAGUAGGAGAGAUGAUGAAGAGGAUGACCGUCGCAAUGGGGGCUCAGGCCGUCGCCCGGCGCCAAAGCCCACGACCGACGACCUUGCCGAGGAUGACUCGCGAUUGAACCUCUUCAAGAAUGCCUUCAGCGCGAACCGCAAGCUGCCGGUUGACGAUUCAAAGACACGUGCUGGAGGCGCGUAUAUUCCUCCUGCGCGACUGCGCGAGAUGCAAAAGUCAAUUACCGACAAGAAGAGUCCCGAAUUCCAGCGCAUGGCUUGGGAGGCGCUCAAGAAGUCGAUCCAGGGUUUGAUCAACAAGACGAAUACGGCAAACAUCAAGAUGAUAGUGCCGGAGCUGUUCUCGGAGAACCUGGUGCGCGGCCGCGGUCUGUUCUGCAGAGCUAUCAUGAAGGCGCAAGCAGCCAGUCUGCCCUUCACGCCCAUCUACGCAGCCAUGGUCGCCAUUGUCAACACAAAGCUGCCUCAAGUCGGCGAUCUGCUGGUUCGGCGUUUGAUUGUGCAGUUCAGGAAGGGCUUCAGGAGAAACGACAAGGCUGUCGCGCUAUCGAGCACUAUGUUCCUUUCGCACCUCGUCAACACACAAGUCGUCCACGAGAUCUUGAUCGCCGAGAUCCUGCUUCUCCUGCUCAACAAGCCCUCCGAUGACUCCGUUGAGAUCGCAGUCGGUAUCAUGAAAGAGGUCGGUGCUUUCCUCGACGAGAUGAAGCCUGCGAUCGCCAAUGCCAUCUUCGACCAGAUGCGCAACAUCCUCCACGAAGCCGACAUCGACAAGCGAACACAGUAUAUGAUUGAGGUUCUCUUCGAGGUUCGGCGCACAAAGUACAAGGACAACCCUGUCGUAAGGGAAGACCUGGAUCUGGUGGAGGAAGAGGAUCAGAUUACCCACAACCAUACGCUUGAGGGCGAUUUGAAGGUCGAAGACGGUCUGAACAUCUUCAAGGUUGAUCCGGAUUACGAAGCGCAUGAGGAAGAGUACGCGAAGAUCAAGGCUGAGAUUUUGGGCGAAGAGGAAGGUAGCGAUGAAGACGAAUACACGGAUGCAUCGUCUGAGGAUGAGGAAGACGAGGAAGUGAAGGCCAUGGAUGUCAAGGACCAGACCAAUGCGGACCUCGUCAACCUGCGCCGAACUAUUUACUUGACCAUCAAGAGUAGUGGUGGUUUCGAGGAGUGUGUGCACAAGCUUAUGCGCAUCAAUCUACCACAUGGUCUGGAAAAUGAGCUCACAACGAUGAUCGUCGAGUGCGCAAGUCAGGAGCGCACAUACGAGAAGUUUUAUGGCAUGAUCGGAGAGCGCUUCUGCAAGCUGAACAGGAUGUGGACCGACCUUUUCGAGGAAGGAUUCGCCCACUACUACGAGACUAUCCACCGCUUCGAGACGAAUCGCCUUCGCAUCAUCGCACAGUUCUUCGCCCAUCUGCUAGCGUCUGAUGGUAUCGGUUGGCACGUCUUUCAGGUGGUCAAGAUGACGGAGGAAGACACCACAUCCAGUUCACGUAUCUUCGUCAAGAUCCUGUUCGAAGAGCUCCUAGCCUCACUCGGUCAAAAGGUAGUUGUAGAGCGAUUCAAGGAUCCUAUGCUACAGGACAGUCUUACUGGUAUCUUCCCCACGGAUGCAGACGACCAGAGCAAGACACGCUUCUCAAUCAACUUCUUCACCGCCAUCGGUAUGGGUGUGCUUACCGAAGGCAUGCGCGACUGGCUCAAGAACAGUGCGCCCAAGCCUAAGCCACUUCCCGAGCCAGAAAGCGACUCAGACGAUCGCAGUGUCUCAUCAAGAUCAAGCUACACUUCAAGCAGCUAUUCGCGAUCACGCAGCCCAGUUCGUAGAAGGCGCGACGACUCAAGAUCUAGAUCCAGAUCUAGCUCAAGAGGCCGUUCAUACACACGCAGCCCUUCGCCAGCUCGCAAACGUGGAGGUCGUGGCAGAAGCGGGUCUUACAGCUCCGCAUCCCGCUCUCGAUCACGAUCCCGUUCCCCAGCACCCCGCAAACUCAGGAGCAAGCGCUCUUACUCAUCCUCCCUUUCUCGAUCACGCUCCCCGGCACCCAGAAAACGUGGUCGCAGCCCCUCAUCUUCGGUAUCCCGGUCUCGUUCCCCACCGCCAAAGGGCAGAUCAACACGUCGCGGACGUAGCCUAUCUGGCUCCAUAUCCCGCUCUCCUCCUCCACGCCGUAGUCGCAAGUAUUCGACGUCUCCGUCUCGUUCGCCAUCACCUCCUCCACGUCGUCGUCGCGAUUCUAGUAGUCCGCCUCCCAGGCGUAGACGCGCGUCGAGCAGUCCACCACCGUCCAAAGGGAAGGGGAGAGCGAGGGAUGUUAGUGAUAGUCCGCCGCCGCGCCGCAGGAGGGAUUCUAGUAGCCCACCGCCCGAGAGGGGCGUUAAUGGAAAGGGGAAAGCGAUAAAGAGGGAAUACAGUGAGAGUCCGCCGCCAAGGAUUAAGAGGGAUGAUAGCAGUCCGCCACCGAGGAGAAGGAGGGACUCGUAG